UCUCAGAAACGUUAUGAUCGCCGCGCGACACAGUCAAACCAAUUGCUCCUACAGACAGACCGCGGCUUCCUACUAACCAACAACUCACCCGCCGUGCACUUGUGUCGACGGUUGGCCGCCUAAGUGAACAGUACCAUGUCUCUUUGCUCUUUGGCGCCAUCCUUGGUUAGAAUUUGUACGCGGCCCACCCCGUCGUGGAGAUUGAUUCACAGCUCGAAUACCCUCCCACCACCUCCUUCCCUGACAACCUUGGAGACUUUGCAACAUGCAAGGGAAGCACGCCAGUGGCUGUCCCAGUUCAAAACUGCUGCUGCGGUGCCAAAACACUUGGUGGAACUAACGUUCUCCCGAAGUUCAGGGCCUGGAGGACAAAACGUGAACAAAGUGGCGACGAAGGUGACUGCACGAUGUCAACUUGACGCGUCUUGGAUUCCUCUGUGGGCCCGGGAAUGCCUCAUGCGGAGUCCCUGCUAUGUUAAGUCCUCCAAUUCUCUCUUAGUGACUUCCAGCGCAUCUCGUUCACAAGCACUCAACGUCGACGAUUCGCUCUCUAAGUUGCACAAAUUAGUGACGGAGUGUGCGUCGAAGGUGAUCCCAACGCCUACUUCUGAGGGACAACGACAACACGUUGCUUCACUCCGCAAAGAGGAUGCUCAGCGCAGGAUAAAACAGAAAAACUAUCGAAGUCAGAUCAAGAAGAGCAGGUCUAGCAAAGGUUGGGACUAG